CUUGUCUCUCCUUUGGUUAUAUUAUUUAUAUAGACGAUAUAUACAUGGCCAUGGCUAUCAAUGCUCUCCUUGUUCUCCUGGUCGCCGUUCCGGCAGUCCAGGCCGUGGACCAUAUCGUUGGUGGCUCCUCCGGUUGGACUCAAGGAGUUGAUUACUCCGCUUGGGCUGCUUCUCAAACAUUUACCGUUGGAGACAAUUUAGUGUUCAACUAUGGCAGCACCCACCAAGUAUCUGAAGUGACCCAGGCAAACUACAACAGUUGCAGUUCAAGCAAUUCAAUCAAAACCUACAAUGAUGGAAACACUAAAAUCGCUUUGAGCAAGGUUGGCUCCAUCUACUUUAUAUGUCCUGUAAAUGGUCAUUGUGCUGGAGGCAUGAAGGUGUCUGUCAAUGUUGUGGCUGCCUCCGGUAACACCCCCGCCCCCGGUACUAGUCCUCCUUCUUCAACCACUCCCGGAACCACCACAAGCCCUCCUCCGCCACCAUCGACGGUACCGACCCCUAGUGGAGCUAUUGGUGUAUUUGGGCACAUGAAUGUUUGGUUGAUGGGUGUGUUAGGGACCAUGGUUGUUGCAUUCUUGGUCUAGGAAAGAGGCAGUGCUAUAUAUAUAUAUUUGUAUGUUGUUAAUUGGUUUGUUUGUUUCAAUAUUGGAUGUCUGUGUGAAUUUUAAUGAGAUAUGGAGAUAUAUGCAAAUUUGUUACC